AUGAUGAUCGGUGACUUUCCCGGUGGAACAGGCAACAUCGAAGGACCUAUCUCUCCCCAUAACUACAAAAGAGCCGUUUAUCGGUCAGCCCCUUCACAUUUCUCCGUAGAGAUGCUGGGUCCAGAGAAGCAAGGGGGUAGUUACAGCUUUGGCAUGCGAAUUUGCCCCAUCAUCACAGGCGAUCGCCAUUCAGUAACCUCUCGUGGCUCUCACUCCGAAUAUGAGGUGUGGAGGCGAUGGGAAGACUGUCUGUGGUUUCAGGAGACCAUUGAGCUCGAAUAUGAACGGUUAGCGAGGCAAAAGAAGCAACGCCUUCUGAAAGGAAAGGGGGUCAAGAAGAACGGGAUGUAUCUUCAAGACCAAGCCGCCUCCUUCGAAUCGCUCCCUCCUGGUCCCGACCCCAACUCCGUUGCACAGAGCAUUCACGACUCUAUCCCAAAACUGACCAAGAAGGGGACUUUGUUCCGCGCGAGCCAAGCCACCAUCGACCAACGACAGAAGGAGAUCGCAGGCCUCGUUGAGGGCCUAUUCAGAGACGACGUGCCCAUGCUCAUCCAAGAAUUACGAGAGUCUCGUAUCGUGACCGAUUUCUUUGGUUAUUGGCGGAGGGACUACGACUUAGACCAAAAGAAAGGCUCGAAAUCGCGCAAUUCUGUUUCGAGCAGCGUAUUCUCAAUGUACUUCUCGCAAUCUAACCCGAACCUCGCCAUCCCCGAGACUACUGUACCACCUAUCCCAUAUUCUCCCUCGACGAUCACAGUCAGGACGAAGCGCUCGCAAUCCAGCCCAGCGAACCCAAUGUCUUCGUUCACUAAUCUGCCUUCAGCAGUAUCUUCAGACGAAGAUAUCCUUCCAUCUCGACCUCGCCCACGUCUCUCCUCCCAAUCAUCUGCAUCUUCAUCUUCCUCCCACGAUUCAGCCGGCUCGAUUCUCUCCAGUGCAUCCUUCAUUGUACCCGAUGACGCUUCCAUUGUAAUCGAUCAUAGCUCUAAACUCUCUCCGGAUUAUACGUUCAGCACGAACAGGCCGUCAUCGAGGGGAUUGGAAGCACUUCCGGAAGAUGUAGAAUUGUCAACGAAGCUUGACAAUUGUCUCAGACCACCAUCUGCGGGCAUGCGUACCCGACGGUCAAGUUCUGCGGCUGAUGCAAAUCGCGUCUGUCAUAUCUACGGCACUCCACCGCCAAGCGCCCAAGUGUCGAGGACGAGCUUGGACAGGCAGUCAAUUUCUCCAGUACGCCGUGCUAACCGUGAAUCCAUGGUAUCCGUGGCAUCGGGGAUAUCUAUCAUAGACAAUUUAAGUGGCAUGCUCUCAGAUGACGGCGGAUCUCCCGAUCAUCGUAGAAACGCGAGAGACUCGAUAUGCAGCGUAGCAACAUUCAUGACAAGUAGCUCCGCUGAAGCGAUAAUCCCUCUUUCUCUGGCCUCCUCCCCAAACAGACGCCCCCAGUCAUCCAGGCUACGUCCCUUCUCUUUUGGUGAAGAAGACGAGGAAGACUUCAUAGAUCCACAUCUAUACGAUGAAUUCCCUAUGCCGCAAAUGCCAGAGAGUCCUCGUAGCCGCUAUGCACCCCCGGUUAUUGCCCCAACGCCCCCUCGUCCCCAAACCGCUUCCAGCGUCAAUUCAACACAAUCAUCCCUUUUUCCUCCAUCUCCCACAGGUUCCGCGUUCACACAACUCUCCGUAACUACAUCUUCCUCCGUCUCUCCAUACGACAGCUUCUUUGUCAAGGCCGCAUAUGAGGGCACGAUCAUGCUUUUGCGCAUACCCUCAGAGGCAUCCUUUAUGGAACUCCGUCACCGGCUGUCUGAGAAGUUCUGCAGCCAAGGAGUCCGUCUUCCCCACGAAUUCGUAUUAUUCCUGGUCAUCCCGUCAUCACCCGUAUCGAAUCCCCGCGCGACUGCUGCUGGGAAGAACAGAGACCGUUCAAAUUCAUUGGCUUCCACAACAUCAGCGACUUUCGACCAAUCAAGAAUGCGCCCGAUCCAAUCAGAUCAGGAUUGGGAUACCAUCUUCAACUCCAUGGAUGGAACCAAAUUGACAUUCAGAAUAUUAGACCCCGCCAACCUUUCAUAA